CCCACCCACCAAAUCUCAAAUCUUCAUAGAUACUAUACACUCUCAUAAUUAUAAGCCUUAACAUAAAGUUUCAUAGUACUAGCUAGUACCACAAUCUUCUGGCAUUUUUUUAUAAGCACUUUUUUAGCAAUUUAAUUAGCAUGGCCAAACCACCAUAUCUAGAAGAAAAUUUUAUGAAAGAUCACUACAAAAUAAAAAGUCAUAGUAGCCAAAAUAAGGCAAAGAAUUUAUCUUUCUUUGCUUCUAUUUUCACCCUUUUCAUCUAUAUAUCUAUCUUCUAUAUUUUCAACCUUUCUCCUUAUACACUUUUAAAUAACAAUAUAUUUUGGUUUGUCAUGUCCAAUACUUUAAUCCUCAUCAUAGCUAUUGACUAUGAAGCAUUUUCUUCAUCCAAACAAAAACAAGAAAAUAUUCAUGAAGAGUAUGUAAAACAUAGUCAAGAAAUUAGAAACCAAUAUGUCUCAUCAAUUCCUACAUAUGAUGAACAAGUUGUUAAACAAUGCAUUGAUUCCAAACAAGAGUUAGAUGUUAAGCUUUUGCAAGAGGAAAAAGACACAAUUGUCCCUCAUGAACGUGUGUUGGAAAUUGUGGUACAAAAUCAACCAAAAAAAAGUACUAGUCAUGAUGAUGAUAUGGAUAGUACAAAUGAGAAGAAGAAAAAAUCAACACUUCAUAAGGAACAUGAAUUGGAGAAAGUAACAUUUCCUACAAGAUCAAGUUAUGGAAGAAGUAAAUCUUAUAGACACAAUAGAACCAAACAUGUUAUGAUUGAUGAAAGGAAGAACAAAGUUAAAAGGUUAGAGUCUAUGAAAAUAGAACCAAAAGUUGAUGAAGAAAAUGAGUUUUCUAAGAUGUCAAAUGAAGAUCUUAAUAAGAGGGUGGAAGACUUUAUUCAGAAAUUCAAUAAGCAGAUUAGACUUCAAGCAUCAACUAUAUAAUUGAUGUUAAUCUCAAAAUUUUGCUGUAAAAUAUUUUGUCUUGUACCUUUUGUACUUGUUUAAAUGUUGCACUUUGCUAUAAGAGUUCAUAGUCCUAUCUUUUUCUCACA